UACCCAGAGUACACCGGGAAACAGACCGAGGGUAAUGGCGCAGGGUCAGUAAGGAAAACACUGAGGAUUGUAUUCCGUGGAUAUUUUUUUGAGAUCAUGCUGAAAUCCUAAAAUGAGAGUGUGAAAUGGUCUCAAAUCCGAAGUCUUGGAUAUCUACCACUGCCCCUUUGAUGAAUAAGAGGAAAACGCGUCUCAGGAAUACCUGCAAUUGCAUUCAUAAACAUUUCUUUAGGACUUACAACCCCUGAGCAUUGUUUUGGAUUCACAAACGUCACAUUUUCAUUUGAUUACAUGGGAAGAUGGCUGAAAGAAAUAAAAGGAAUGUAGAGGCCCCACAAGGAGUCGGUAGACUUCGAGUGGAGCAUGAGAAGGUAAAACAAGUUGGUUGGCUAGCUCGCUGGCUAAUGCGUGCACUAUGUGUGUUGAACAUGCACGCGGUUGGCCGACUCCAGAAUUGAGACAAAUGUCUUGCAUUUUCACAAUAUAUACCUACUCGCGUUGUCUUUAAGCAGGAUGCAAGCUAAUCAGUUAGUAACAUAUCGAUUUAUGCGCGUGUGGCCUCUGACAGAUCUAUUAUCGUGGAAACUUUCUAAACCUUGUUUUUUUUCUAGAAGCUUCCUUAAGACAACGGUCACAUGUUGCAUCUUGUUUAUUUCAGAGUUGAUCCUGACUAAGCGUUGUUGUUCUGUGCCACCAUAGACUGUGCAGAAUUAAGUUAGUGAAUUACCCUGUCUACACAUGUUACUUAAUAUUUUGCUGAAAGUUUACUACAUGAAAAAUCAAUAAAUGAACAUUGCAUGCAUGUGUACAGAAGCGAUUCCAUGUGCGGCCUGCUGGUCUUUCAACGUUGACCCUGAUUUAAUCCAAAUCAAUAAACUUUCUAGUCCUAACCCGAUGUAAAUGUUUAGAAAAUGUCAAUGCCAGUUGUUGGACGUUGAUAUUUGGAAUGUUGUGCCUUUUACUUUCAGCUGCUUCUUAUUUAACAGCUCUUCAAUGAGAACGUGCCAAACCUCCAGAAAAUUGCCGUGCAGUGAUUGUGUGGUGAAGGGGUGUGAAGAUCAGAUCCAGCACUGGAAGAAUGUAAAAGGAGACUAUGAAGUCCUGGAGGAUCGUCUCAAAACACUCCCAGAUAAGGUGUCAUAUGACAUCAUGGUGCCAUUUGGCCCUUUGGCCUUUAUGCCUGGGAAACUGGUCCACACCAAUGAGAUCACAGUUUUGCUCGGAGACAACUGGUUUGCAAAGUGCUCUGCCAAACAGGCCCAGAUGCUGGUGGAGCACAGGAAGAAACAUGUCCAGAGUGCACUGGAUGACUUGCACAAGACAAAGAAGAACUUUGAAGCCAGAGUUGGGUUCACAGAGGAUCUAGAGAAACUGUCAGACGGUAAAGGGGGCUAUGUAGACAUCAGAGAGGAGCUUGAAGGAGUGGUCUGCAAAGGGAAGCGUCGUGUGUCUCUGAAGCCCCACUCAAAGCCCAAGACGGAGGCAAUUGUGAAGAUGGAGGAGGAAGAGGAGGAGGAGAUGCUGAAUGCUGAAGGAAGCAAGAGAGGAGUGCUGUCUGAGGAGGAGCUGUGGGCCAGACUGGAUGAGUUGGAAGCACAGGAGCAGCAGGAGGAGGAGCUUGACCGACGGUUUGACAGUGCAGAUACAAAUGGCAAUGAUGACACCACGUCCUCUUCAUCUGAGGAGGAGAAGGAUGAAGAAGGUGACAGGCCGGCUGAGAGGAGCAAAGGCGGGACGACUAUGCCCCUUAACGGCUCCCAAGUCGACCGCACGGCGCUGCCACCCAGGGAUGGUGGGAAGGAGGAGCAAGAAGAUGAUGAGGAAGACGACGGUUUGCCUACCAUCCAUUUUUCCCAUACAGUGGAACCAAAGAAGGUGAGAAUAAACACGGGGAAAAACACCACUUUAAAGUUCAGUGAGAUGAAGGAACAGAAGCAGCAAGCAAAGAGGAAAAAGAACAAUGGCACCAGCAAUGGUCAUUCUCACCACGGACUUCACAUCACCUCCCCCACAGAUAUCUACAGGUUGUUUGUGGAUGUAAAGAAUGGAGAGCCCGUCCCCAGGAAGUCCAUCCUGAAGUCGCGGAGCAGAGAGAACAGCGUGUGUAGCGACACCAGCGAAAGCAGCGCUGCAGACUUCGAGGAACGCCGGACGCUUGGGCGCUCUCCGAGCCACGACGACAACACGUACAGUGACACCGGCAGCGCCAUCACGGAGGAGGACGCCCCCACUGGGGAGCUCCCGGUGCCCACCAGCCGCUUCCAGGCCUUUUCAGGCACCGUGGUUGAGAAGGAGCCCAUACCGUUGUCAGUCCCCCAACUCACCAUUGCUCCGCCGGCUCUGCCCACCAUUCCGGAGAGGAAGCUGGAGGAGGUGGUCCCUGAGGCCCCCCAGGAGGCCCCCCAGGAGGCCCCGAAACGGGUGUCCAAGUUCAAGGCUGCUCGGCUGCAGCACAAGGGACCCUGAAGAGCCAGUCCUCGGGACCCAAACGUCUACUGGCUGCUUUUUUUAACAUAGAUUUUCUACGCUAACACAAUUUUGAGCUGGACAGACUGUGAACUUACCCGAAUAUCUGCCUUCCCUAUCAUUCUCACCUCUUCCACAUGCUGUUUUUCCUGUGUGUACACUGAGUGUCAAUUGCAGUAUGGCUAUUCAGUUAGCGCCAGUGCUUUGUGAGAGUAGCACAGCAUUAUUUAAAGGGCAACCCCACCGCCUUACACUUUAUCCAAUACCUGCCUGGUAUACUGGAACAUCAAGCUUUUUAGCCAAGAACCCACAUUUAAAUAUGUUAGCUGCUUUUCACUGCAAUAUGAAGUUAAUUAAUGAUGCUUUUUGUUAUGAACUCUAUUAGUAAAUACUGGUUUGAUCCUAAUUUCAUGGUGGUUGCUCUUGUGUCAGUGUCUUGACAGUAAUCUGUGAUGACGCAGGCAGACUCUGUGACAAGGCCAGUGGUUACCGCUGUUAUUUGUUUGGUCUGUGAAUUUGCUAUGCUAAGGAAAAACAUGCCAUGCUUAGAUCUUAAGUCUUUUUUGUUUAGGGUUAUUCUACAGAGGGUCAGAUGCAGGCUUCCCAUCAUGGUUCCCAUUUACCUUGUACCUGCUUAUUGAAUGUCUGUUUACCUGGUUGACCAGCAUUUUGUCAAGAUAAAUAUUGUUGUGAACUGGAUUUAACAUACACGAUUUUUUGGAUGAUGUCACAUAUUACUACCAUUUAAUUAGAGUUCUCUCAAACCUUCUCUCCUGUCCUCAUGAGAGGGUAAUGUCUAUCGACCCAACCAUCGACCACAUGCUGUAGAACGCCCGGUGUGUGCAGAUGACAUUGAUGUUUCAAUGUGUCAAAUUAUAAAGAAAUAAACAUUAAAUGGCAAAUGGUUCUGUGGUCAGAGAUCACCGGAUGUCCUCCCACUGUC